CCAACCAUAAUGAAGCUCCAACUCUCCCAUAAUUCGAGUGGUACCUAGUGAACUCUUGUCUUGAAGAGAAACGGUUCCAAUGGCGUUGAGAAUUGUGUAUUCCUCAACUAUUUUCUCAUCACAAAGAAAAGGUGCUUCCACUCUACCAUCAACACUCACAUUACCCAACACCAACACCGCACUGUUAUCAUCAUCAUCGCGCUCUUCAAUUGAGAGAAUAAAAUCAGCUUCUCUUCGAAACAAGAGUAGGCGUAAUGGAGUGGUGACGUGUUCUGCUUCGCCUUCAUCUUCCGUGCUUCCAAAGGCACUGCUAUUUGACUGUGAUGGUGUUCUUGUUGAUACAGAGAAAGAUGGGCACCGUAUCUCUUUUAAUGACACUUUUGCUGAGAAAGAAUUGGGUGUUACUUGGGAUGUUGAUUUGUAUGGAGAAUUGCUUAAAAUUGGAGGUGGAAAAGAAAGGAUGACAGCCUACUUUAAUAAAGAAGGUUGGCCAGAAAAUGCACCCAAAACUGAAGGAGAAAGAAAGGAGUUCAUUGCAGGACUUCACAAGCGAAAGACAGAAUUAUUCAUGGCUCUCAUUGAGAAGAAAUUGCUACCACUUCGGCCAGGUGUUGAAAAGUUGAUUGAUCAGGCUCUGGGUAAUGGGGUGAAAGUUGCAGUAUGCAGCACUUCCAAUGAAAAGGCGGUUUCAGCCAUAGUCUCAUGCUUAUUGGGACCAGAGCGAGCGGAACAGAUCCAGAUAUAUGCAGGUGAUGUGGUUCCUCGCAAGAAGCCUGAUCCGGCCAUUUAUCUGUUAGCAGCCGACACCCUUGGGGUUGAUCCUUCAAGUUGUGUUGUCGUAGAAGAUAGUGGCAUAGGUGUUGCAGCUGCCAAAGCAGCUGGAAUGAAAUGCAUUGUGACCAAGAGUGGGUACACAGCCGAUGAGAAUUUCUCAAAUGCGGAUGCAGUUUUUGAUUGCAUUGGAGAUCCUCCAGAGGAACGCUUUGACUUGGCAUUUUGCGGAAGUCUUGUUGAGAAACAAUAUGUCAGUUAGUCCAUCAGGCAGUCUGAUUGACUACACGCCCUUGUUUAUGGCAUGCUUUGCUCUCCACAUAAAAGUUCAUGUAUUAUAUCUCCCAGCGAUUCUUUAAUAAAAGCUUAAUGUCAUUUUAUCC